UCAAGACUGUGGAGAGCUUAUAUUAAAGUCUAUUGUUAUUAAUGAUUUAUAUUUCUUAUCUUUCCAAACAGAAUUGAACAACAGAAAGGAAUCCAGCUGAGCAGAUAAUGAGUGAAGAAAUCCACAAAUCCACAGACAACCCCCCAAUACCACAAUUUGUACAUCAUGGGGACAAAACGAAAUCUCUCCCUGUUUGGACCUUAAUAAAUCCUGAAAUAGUCAUAGAUGCUGUGUAUAGUCUUGCCGCUGCUGAAGGUCGUGAUCGGGGUCAACAUUCUGCAGUCAUGGAACAAAAGUCAUGCAAUGACACACUUCAAACGAACUUCCCCAUUCAGCUGUCAUCUCUUCCCACAGCAUCAAAGCCCUCUCAUGUCUUGGCUGGUCAAGAAUGUGUUAGCAUUCAUCCAUCAACCAGCUCAGCACACAAAAAUACAUCUACUACUGCAGGUAGUAGUGGCUCUGGAAAUUUUCAAAGCCCCUCUGUGGAUCCAACUGUAGAAGGGGACGUAAUACAUAAUUUAGCUUUUCCUCGUUCAAAUUCAGAACAUAUUUCAACUAACCUUAAAGGAAAUGAUAAUUCAAAAGGUCUAUCAGAAAGUAGCAAUGUGGGUUCAUCCUCCAGGAUUGUUUCAGAAAAUUCACCUCAGGUGACAAAUAAGGAACCGACUGAUAUAGUUGAUUUAGAAACAGAAGAUAUUGAUGACUGUAUGCUUGUUAAGAUAGACCUUAGCAAGCGUAUUUGUAAGUUUGGUCCAGUUAUUUCCGAAGAAGUUGUAAUUGAAGACAGCGAUGAGGAAUUCUGUGUCAAUAAAGAAGAGUGCACCAACCCUAUCAAGUCUUCAGAAUUUGAAUUGAGCUCUUCAAACAGCCCUUCAGUUAGUAAUUUGAGCAUUGUCUGUGGUAAGGCAAUGAGUCCCAAAACUUUGCCAGAAAAUCCUUUAAUUUCAAAAGUUCAAGUUCAUAGAGAAGAAUCCCCUACUCUUGACAUGGAGGUUGAAAAUAUAAAGGAGGAGAUUUUAAUUGAUGUUGAGGAAGAUGUUUCGUCUGAUGAACAGGUGGAUGUUGAAAGUUGUGCUGAGAAACCAAUCUGUCAACCACAAAACUUCACAUCUGCAGAAAGCAGCCCCUACAGCUGUAAGCCAUGUUCAAAGUCAUUUCCCAAUCGCACAAGUUUGGUCACGCAUAUUCUGGCUUGUCACAUGUCCAAGCCACCCCCAAAAGAACUGCUUGAGAAACUUGUUUACCCAUGCCAAAACUGUUCUCAGUUGUUUAAGAGUGAUUCACUUUUAGUAAAUCAUGAAUGUUCUUCUUGUAAUAUUAAAUCACACAUGCCCACCCAGUAUAAUUCAGACACCUCUUUGCCAGCAGUUUCAGAAACAUCUACCAUAAAAAGAUUACUGUCGGCUGAGAAAAGGGAAAGUACACUCACUUCUCAGGACUUGACAUUGAGGGGCACUGCUCUCAUUGGUGCCACAGCAUCAAAAGUGAUCCCAACACCCUGCAGUCAGAAUUCAAUUAACACAGCUCCAGUGACUAUAAAAAAAGAAGUGCCUGAUACCACCGAGGAAAUCCACAAGGAUGGCAAUCUUUCAGAACAGGUGCAUAAAGAAAAAGAAACCCCCUCUUCAAAGAUAAACCAAUCUCAUGAACAGGAUGCCGAGAACAAAAAGAAAGCUGCUUCCUUGGGUGCACCAAGUUCCUCUGCCUCGAAUGUAACUGUAGAUACAAACAAGCAGAAAGAGCAGGUGAAACAAAAAAUAGGAGAAAAGACUGUGUGGUGUUAUGCAUGCUCAACUUGGUUUACAACUUACACAGAAUUGAAACUACAUUUGAAGAUAAAACCACAAUGCAAGGUAACCAAUGAUGAGUUUUAUUUGCAGAAUGUUAAAAAUAAGACGUUUCCUGCAAGAUCAUCUUAUGCAACAAAGGCAACUACAGACAAUAAAUCCCAACCUGCAAAAUCAUCAGAUGUUGCAUCAGCAACUACGGGCAAUAAAUCACAACCGGCAAAAUCAUCAGAUGUUGCAUCAGCAACUACAGGCAAUAAAUCACUAUUGGCCAAAUCAUCAGAUGCUGCAUCAGCAACUACUGGCAAUAAAUCACAACUGGCAAAAGCAUCAGAUGCUGCAUCAGCAACGACAGGCAAUAAUUCGCACCCUCCUGUCUUAAAGGUUAAUGAACCUAUUAAGAGCGAGCCUAGAACUGUUGUGAUGCCAAAAACUAAGAUAGAGCCUUUGAAAAUAAAGAUUGGGCCUUCUUAUUGUGUUUUAAAAUCAAAGAAAGUAUGUUUCAAAGCUGCUGACGAGCCAAGUGAAGAUAAUGCAGGGGGUGAUGCAGUUGGUGACGAUAGAACAGUUACAGCCAAACACCUGCACAAAGAAGGCUGUCAUGAGUUUCCUUCAAAAGUAGAUCUACUUAACCCUGAAGCAGACCAAAAAUGUCAAGUGACAGAUACUAAGCUGAACAGAGCAGUUGUCCAACUGAAGCCCAUGUCAGCUAUGUGCAAGGUCUGCCAGAAGGCUUUUACAGAUGAGCAGUCAUUAGUAAAGCAUCUUCAAAACAACCCCAAGUGUUUGAGUUCAAACAAACCUGCUGAACAGUGUAAGAGUUGCCUCUGUUGGUUCUUAAACUAUGAAGAUCUAAGUAAACAUGCUCAGAUGAGUAAAUCCUGUCAGGUGGGGACAUCUAAGGAAAUGACAACUAACGACUCGUCGGGUGAUGGCCUGAAAUGUGAUUCUAUCAAAGAUGUAAUGGAUCAACAUCCACUAUCUGGAUGUACCAAGAUGGACCUGUCUUCUGAUGAUGAUAGUGAUGAUGUCGAUGAAAUAAGCUCUAGUGAGGAAGGUGAUGUAGAGUAUAAAUGUCGACAUUGUGAUAUGGUAUUUACACAAAAGUACCAGUGCAAAAGACACAUGAAGGAGUCUCAUGGUCUGCCAGGGGAGGAUGCAAACAAUAAGGAAAGGGGCAAAAAAUUACGGUGCAAGUCGUGUACCAAAAAAUUUGACAGUGUCACUCUUUUGCAAGCCCAUCUCCUGCAGAACAAGUGCUGUUUUCUGGCCGUGACCUAUAGCUAUUGGAACACUGUUCAAAAUGAAAAGCACUUGUGUUUGUUGUGCACCAAAAUAUUUCCCAGUGAUAAAAUGCUGCGCAGACACUGCUUUAAGAAUAUGGCAUGUCGAUUAAGCUAUACGAGCUUGGUGCUGAAAGGUGUGGUGGAUGACAAAACUUCCUCACCCAUUUUAGAUAACAAAAUGGUAACUAACAACUUAACAGUGGUGGAAGGAAAUAGAAUAUUACCUGCGAGGGAUGAUGGAGUCCUCAAGCGUGUUACAGCUGAGGUGUCAUCUUCUGUACAGGACUUGAAUGUUUCAUCUUCUGUUGGCGCAACACAAAACACUUUAAAGGCUUCACAGAGUGGGUUGAAUAACAUGGGCAAGAACAAGAACAACAGAGUAUGCAAAAACUGUGGUGCCAAUUAUGUAACAUUUGUUGAUCAUGUCUUAAAGGAAAAAGCGUGUUGCUCCUAUUAUGCUGCGCAUACGGAAGAAUCCCCAACUAAUUCAUUUUGCUUCGUAUGCAAGAAACAGUUUAAAAAUAAGAGGCUGUUCAAUACUCAUUUAUGUUCAAAUGCAGGUGAAACGAUGAGUGAGGCUGGGGCAUGCACAGCCGCUGCUAGCCAAAACCCGACAUCACAUGUCUCAAAAUCAGAAGAAUUCCCCUGCAUGAUAUGUGAUGCCAAAUUUUCAAUACUACGUCAGCUACUGGAACACAGUUACCAGCACACAAAUCCAAUUUCCCAAGUUUGUCAAAGGUGUAACUUAAAUUUCAGUCACUACAAUCGCUUUGUUUCCCAUAUGGCAUUUCAUAUAAGAAUGGAUAAAGAGUCAGGAUCAACGUCAGAGCAGGCCGAUAACCAUCCUACUAAGUCUGCCAAAGUUUCAGAUUCUCUUUGUCUGAAAUCUGAGGCUGCCCAAAGUUUCCAAGGCUCUGUGAGGCAACAGAAAUUUUCUGAGAUUCCAUCAUUCAAAGAUCAUAUGGCUUCAAAUGAUCCCUCCAGACCAACCUCUCACUCUUGCCCCAUUUGUCUCCAGUUGUUCAAGUCUAAAGAAGCUGUUGAUAAACACAAGAGAAGUCAUGAAAUAUCUAGAACCUCACCUUCGGUUAAUUUUCUUACUACCAAGUUUGACCCUUCACCUGCAACAGAAAAGAAGAUUAAUUGCAAAUUUCCUCAACCCUGCGGCAUCUGUAACAAGCUUCUCAACUCUCUAAAAGAUAAAAAGAAACAUAUGUCAUGUAGUGCACUUUGCAGAAAUGCAUUGUCCAACCUUGAGGCAAGGAAAGAGAUAACUCCUGAUCAGGUCAGAGAUAAUAACAGUGGCAAAAAUAAUUCUCUAAUUCAACACAAUGCUGCUCUGCCAAGUGAAGAGGGGUUUAAAUGCAUGUUCUGCCUGCAAGAGUUCAUUAGUGAUCAAGAGAAAUUGCGACAUAUUUCUCAGUCACAAUGCUGCAAAAGUAUACUGAAAUUUGUUUUGGAUAAUAAAUUGUAUGCAAUACCCCUUGCUGAUUCUGAUACAAUUAAAAAGCAACAAUAUAAUUCCAAAAGAUGUGAGUUUUGUCUGAAGAUAAUUGAGGAUAAAAUUGCUCACCUGCUGGGAUCUGCUUGCAUUAAAGCACUCGAAGAUGCUAUUAUUGCAUACAAGUCAAAUGCCACUGUGAAGGUCAGCCCUAAAAAUAGCCAGGAAUCAACUGACAGGCCUGCAUAUUCUUGUGAAAUUUGUCAACGAAUGUUCAGUACCAAAGGAUCACUGUCCCACCAUAAGAGAAAGAAGCACCAAGAGAUGGGCAUUAAUUCACAUUUGUCACAAAUACCCAUUGAUCAUCAUCUGUACUGCUUCCAAUGUAAGAAAUUUUUGGAAACAUCCAAUGAUGUAGAGCUUCACAAUACGCUAUCCCAUAGCAGGAAACUGUUGUCUCGUGGAACUCUGAAUAACGCUGUGUUUACACCAGGCCAGUUGAGAUGCAAGAUAUGUGACAUUAAAUACUUGGGAAAGCAGAAAGGCAGACUACUUAACCAUAUGCAUGCGAAACACAAUGAAGGUACAAGUAAGCUACUUAGCCUACAAAAUAACCUGCCGGAUUCCAAAAAUGUACCAGCAAUGAGUCCUGGUGAUGUUUCCCCAAAGACAGCUGACUCUUUUCCUUCUAAUUCAGUGUUCAGCUGCACGUUUUGUGGUAUGAUUGUCAGCCACAAAGGAAAAAAUUCACAUUUCCAAGUGCAUAUAAGCAAAUUUUUACAAGCUGUAAAAAAGAAAUCUGAUAUGCCUAUGAACGCAUUUAGUAGAGAGUCAUGUCCAUUGUGUAAGAAGGUAUACAGUUCCAGAAAAACUCUAAGGAUUCACUUAUUACAACACACUGCUAAUGAUAUUGUUUUUCCAGGAUCCAAACCAAAAACUUUCAAGAAACACUUAGGACCAGUAAGAUGUAUUGUCUGUAAACGUUUCUUUUCAUCUAGAAAUACACUCGGCCAUCAUGCUUUGACUGCUCACAACAAGAUCUUCUUAGAAGAUCCACUUAUCUUUGGUAUUCCAAGCUCCAUGGCUGCGACUAGAACUAAAAAAACAAAGUUGAAGAUAAAAACUCUUGCAUCAUAUCAGUGCGACAUUUGCAGCCGAAUAUUCCGCAAUAAGUCAACAUUUAAGUUCCACAGAAUUUUUCAUCGGCAGUCUGUUGGCAUGUUGGGGGAUUCUUCUGAACCAAUUCCUAAUAAAACUGACAGAAAGAAGCUCAACUCAUCAGAGCCACCGGCACUAUUGCAUCAGUGUUUUGGUGACUCUUAUAUAACUGCUGAACAGGAAAGAAAAAUGGCAGAUGAAAGUGAAAGAAAUAUUGUAGAUGAAAGUGGAACAAACACAAUCACGGCUGAGGAAAGUAAGCAUUUGUCUAUCGAUAGAUCAGCACAUCUUAGUACUGGAUAUGAAUCAUGUAGGGUGGAGUGUCGAAGUGGUUUCUCAUUGAGACCACUUCAUAAAGCCAUUCUCAACUGUCACAUUUGCCAGAUAAGCAUAAGAAAAGAUGAAUACACUGAUCAUCUUUUAAAUGAUCAUAAAUUGAGAUUGGAAAGAAUCUACAACUGUUCCUUUUGUGAUCUUAAAUUUCCUGCCAGUAGGCUGGCUGGAGAACAUAUGAGACAGUGUAGUCUGGACAGCCGAUGCAUAUUAUGUCAAGAACAAUUACCAGGCAUAAAAUUCCUUAAAAGUCAUGUUAUUCAGGGACAUAGACAGACUUGGGCUGAUUACAUCAGCAGAACUGUAGCUACAGCUAAAAUUGGAAUUGACAAUGGUGGACUUAAAAUUAGCAGCCCAACUGAAAGCAGUUUAAUGGAUUCACCUAGAACUUGCCUUCUUUGUAAAGCCACUUUCAAUGAAAAAUCAUUCUACAUUUCUCAUCUUCAAGAACAUACUAAGUCUUGUAUGAUUUCACUCUAUAAACUUGAUAAUUCCUGUGUUACAUCCAAACCCAGUGGUUUACUGAAGGAAAUAAAUCAAUCCACUUCAUUUCCCCCACAAGAUGUAAGUGGCAGCUCACCCGCAAGUCAUACAAAGGCUGAAGUGAGCGGACAAACCAAAGUAUUCAUGUCCCAUGUUUUGAAGCAUUUAAAGUCAGAAAAGCAGAAUGAUGUGUAUGGUGAUAUGGCUGGUGCUGUCGAUGAACAAUAUCAAUGCGCCGAUGCCCAAUAUCAAUGUGCCGAUGCUCAAUAUCUAUGCGCAGAUGCUGUCAGCAAAGAACAGGGAGGUUUAAUUUCAAAGCAGCUUCAUGGAAUCAAUCUCUCUGUUCCAAAUGUGUCAGUAUCAGAUACAGGCGCUGGGUCAAGUAGAUCUGACAAGUUAAUUGAUCUCAAUCCUGGCCAUGUGAAAGCCAUAAAAAGAGCAAUUGUUAACUGUCGAACCAAGUGGGAGGAUGACUGUGGGCCAACAAAAACAAUGAAAUUGAACCCUUCAAAUCAAUUGGAAAAUGUAGGUGCAUUCAAGGACAAAUAGAUCCCCAGUACCAAUAGUUUAAAAUAGUUGAAUAAGUUAAUUAUAGAGCUGUGUACUAGAUCUGAAAAGUUAAUUUAUCUCAAUCCUGACCAUGUGAAAGCCAUAAAAAGAGCAAUUGUUAACUGUCGAACCAAGUGGGAGGAUGACUGUGGGCCAACAUAAACAAUGAAAUUGAACCCUUCAAAUCAAUUGGAAAAUGUGUGUGCAUUCAAGGAGGACAAAUAGAUCCCCAGUACCAAUAGUUUAAAAUAGUUGAAUAAGUUAAUUAUAGAGCUGUGUACUAGAUUCAUCAAACCUUUGAGCACUGCCAUCAACAGUCAUGUUUCUCAAACAGCAUAUUAACUUAUAAUUAAGUGUGACUCUUAAAUGUGGUGUUAAUUCUUGUAUUUAAUGCACUGUAGCUAAAUUAAUAUACGGGUGACCAUGUCUACUAAGGUGACACAAUGGAACUAAACCAUCAUAGUCUCAUCCCAGGAAGAAUUGCUGCACAACAAUGUUAAUCAGUCUGCCAUUUAAUAUUCAGGGCCUUUAAAAUACUGAGCAACAGCUGGUAACAAUAUGAAUAUUUUUUACAUGCUUCAUUUUUUACUGUAGUUGGCUUGGUCAGACAUUGGUAAUUAAUUUUGUUAGGACUACUUAUACUUUUGUAUUUUUUCUAUUUUUACUGUCAUCCCAUGCACAACUAAUGUUCUUCCUUAUAAAUUCUUAACCAAUGGGUCUAAAAGUGGUCAUCUGGUUGGUACGUGACUAUUGAACACAUCAAUCUAUUGUUAAUUGUUUGGCCUUGUGUGUGGGAUUUAAUUCAGGAUGUGGCAGGCUUGAUGGCAUGCAACCAUUGCCACCUCAGGGGACAAACAUUUCAAAGGCUUUUGUAAAAUUUGUGCUAAUUGUUCUUUCUGUAUUCUGUGUUUUGUCUUAAUGGAUGAAAGCAAGUAUAUGCUUUAUCAUUAUAUCUACCGUUAUCAUGGAAAGGAUGAUCCUUAAUAAUAUGCUUAAUCAUUAAUGUUUGGGUUUGAAUGUUAAUUUUCAUUUCCAUAAAGAAUGUGUUUGGUCUGUAAAACAAAAUAUGUUACCUGGUAAUGUUUGUUCUUGAGACAAGAUGAAUUUUAACAAUAAGUAAUGUCCAACCUUUGAACCCUAGAUGUCACAAUGCAUAGCUAAAGGCCAGAGAUAUCAACUUCAAAAUGUGUUGCACUUUUUUAGUUUCAAUUGAGCUUGGGCCAUCCAUAAAGGACAUCAUGCUUCAAUGGGGAGGGGUCAUGAAUUUUUUAUAUGUGACAAGGGUCUAGUUUGUGUUACAAUUGGACUAUUGAGAAGAUUGGUAAAAAUUGACCAGGGUAGAGUGACAUCAUCUAUGGGUGACACUUGAAUCAGCUUGAUAUGGACAGUUCAACUGGUAAAUUUUUAACACAGUUCCAUACCGUUUGCUAAUCUACAACUUCAUUGGAAUGUGUUGGUUCUGCUCAUUAGCAACCUUUUACCAGGUACACAUUCUGUUUUGCAACUUUCCAAUAACUGUUCUUUUUCUUUAAAAAAAAAAAAUUAAAUAUAUCAUCUUCUCCAUGUACUAUAGAUGAUUUUUCUUGUUCACUUAACAUUUCUUAGCCCAGGUACAUUUGGCUUUUUGUUUUUAUCAUUUUAAUACUGUAAUAAGAGGUUAACCAUAAUACCAAUUUACCAUAUAUGAAUAUUAUAUUGAUUUAUUAUUUUUUUUUGGAUGUGUGUACGGUAUAUAUUAAAAUGUUUUUUAAAUAUUUUAUCAUGAAUGCUUAGAAAGCUCAGAACAAUGGAAAAUCUAAAUGGGCCACCAUUGCCUACUUUCAAGUUGGAUUUACCCAGCAUCUAAUGCUGUGGGGUGAUGAUACAGCAUAAAUACAAAGUAUUUAUUUGGAAAGUGGAGGGGGGGUCAUGCCAUUGAAUCACUGUUUCCCAAUAAUGUGCAUGCCCAACAAUGUUAAUGUGUAUGUCCUAUGAGGGGGUAAUUUGAAGAUUUGUGGGGUG